CGCAUCGGCAAACUAUGGCAGUACUGAGCUAUUCCCUCAGGGUGUUGCAUGGUCAGUCCUUUCCCAUUAACAUAUAUCAGUAUCUUUUUCGCUUUGCCUCAAGCUGAACAGCUAUCAACGUAGCAAGGAAGCAACAGAUAUAGCGACGUUACUAUGCACGUUGGCCUACAGAUAUCGCUUCACGCUCGCAUAACUUAUCCUUCAACAAAUACGUAGACGACAGGCUAUGAGUUCAUCAAUGACUGUCGGAUACGAAAUUUACAGCGGUGUUUCCGCUGCCGAUAAUGGCGAAACAAUGCAAGAAAGUGGCCCCGUCCCAACUUCUCUCGCCCUGCCUCCCGAAAUCCUACGUUAUCACCUGGCCCCGAGACUGUACCGUAGCUCCUUGCGCGCUUUCCGCCUGGCCUCCAGAGCCAGUCGAGUUGACGUGGCAGCGUUCGCCAUUACAAGCAUUCGGCGCCCGGCUGGCACCCAUAACUUGCCGCCGGACCUGGGUUUUCGCUUUCCGCGCCUUGUCCGCCUAGACCUCUCAGGGGACACGCAGCUGGACGGAGGCUUAUCCCUGUUUCAGGCACUGCAGUCUGUCAGCGGCCUCACAUGGCUAAAUUUGUCGGGAUGCUGCGGGCUUCGGGCGUCCUUUGUGGCACGGCAGCUUCCGGCGGCCUGUCCCAAGUUGCAGCACCUCGCCCUCAGCUGCAGUUGCAGCUCCGGAGCUGACCCCGAGGCGGCGCUGCUCACAGCACUCGCCUCCGCGCCCCUUGCAGCCUCCCUCACGUCCUUGGAGCUUCACUGCACACCCGCUUUCCAACCAGAACUAACCCACAUCACAUCAGCAACAUCAGCGUUUGCGGUACCAGCAGCAGCAGCAGCAGGUGGCGGAGGUGACGAGGGUGGCGGCGGCGGCGGCAGUAGCUGCUGCAAUUGGGUACCGGUGUGGCGGUUGCGGUCCCUGCACUUGUACGGCAGUCGUACACUGGAUGACGCGGCACUGGCGGGACUCCCGCGUGCCGUACCAGAUCUGGCGGAGUUGGUCCUAAUCGAGCAACACUCGCGACGCGGUCGGCACAUUCGCGGCGGCGGCCUGACAGCGUUGACCGCAUUGACCGGGCUGACGGGGCUGACGUUGGGCUGUACGGAACCCGACACGCGGCGGUUGGCGGCGGCGGUUGCGACGCUAACUGGAUUACGAGAUCUAGACCUGUCACGUUGCGAUCCGCAAAUCCUCGAUGCCUUGGCUCCCUUGUCAAGCCUGCUAUGCUGCAGGAGCAUCGGCGGGUUCGGUGGUGAAAGCCUCCUGCGGUUGUCCCUGCCAACGGCUUAUACGGAACAGCAAUUGUCACGUGGCCUGCCGACGGCGCUCGGCGGCGGCGAGGCAUCCGGACUCCGUUCCUUACGGUUGCAUGCCUCCUCGGCGCUUCCAGAUGACCUAGUCCGCGUCAUGUCAGGGCUUUCGGGACUGCGAGAGAUGAACUUGGCGCAUUGCGGCCCGCCGCCGGGGGGAGGCCUGCUGGCGGCGGUGGCGGCGGCGUUGACCGGGCUGACGUCAUGCCAGCUCACGCAAGAGUACGGCAGCGGCGAGGAAGGUGGCGGCGACGGCGGCGGCGGUGGCGGUGUCGACGAGGGCUUACGCGAGGCGGACCGAGCUGAUGUCAGCAGCGACCGAGGCGUCGUCCGUGGCUGCGGUGGCGGUGAUGGCGGCGGCGUCGGCGGAACCCGGAUCGUUGCAUGGGUCGACGCCGUACCGCUCUGGAGAAACCUACGUCAGCUGCUGCUCACUGACGUGGACGCAUUGUACGACAAACAUCUGUACGACAUGGGCCGUACAUUGACUGAAUUAUCGUACUUUUCCCUCAGCCGCAACACCCGCGUCACCGGCGAGGGCUUUUCCUCAUGGCCGAACGGUUGCUGCCAACUGACAACCGUUACCUUGUACGACUGCUGCCGUAUCGCCGACGCCGCUGUCAUACACUUGGCGACGCUGCCGCGACUGCAACACUUCUCUUUAGAGCACUUACCCGGCAUCGGAGCCGACGGUGUACGGCACCUCGCGGCCCACUGUACGGCACUUCGUUCGUUGACGUUGGAGCGUUUGUCUGCCGUACCUGGGGAGGUGUUAGCGAACCUUUUCUGGCGGUUACCGCUGUUGGAGUGUCUAUCAUUACGGAUGUGUGAUGUGACGAACCAGACGUUGGAAGCGGCGCUAGGAGCGCACCCCCGGAACCCCCCGCAGCAGCAACACCAACACCAACAGCAGCAACACCAACAGCAGCAGCAACCCCAGUCGCAGCAACAGCGGCAGCAAGGGGAACAGGAGCAUCAGCAAGGGGAACAGCAGACCCCCGCAACACGCCCACAGACCCCCGCGGCGCCCCCGCUGUGUUGGUUGGAGCUGACCGGCUGUCAGCUGCUGAGCACCGCCGGGCUGCGGGCGCUGCGGGGAGCAGCCCCCGGGCUGACGUACCUCAACCUGAGCUACUGCGUCUCCGUGGGGGAGGGCGUGGUGGAGUUGCUGCUGCUGGGGGG